UGGGGGAAAAAGGGGUAGAGAAAGAAGAUAAAAGGAGAGGACGCUGGGAGAAGACAAACAUCAUUUUAUUUUGCUACGUGGUAGGAGCUAUCCACAAGAAAAGAUAAGUGUACACUUACUUAUAUUGAUUAGUUGGUUCCAUAAGGUUUUUUUUCCUUGUUUUUGUUUUUCAAAGCUUCCCCUCCACCCCUUUUCCCUGAACGCUUUGUUUCAAAGCUUCAGAUCUGGGGUUUUUGUUGAGAGGAUUUUAUUUAUUUAGUGUGUGUGUGUGUGUGUGUGUGUGUGUGUGUGUAUUGUGGUCCCAGCUGAGUCAUCAUGUCCGCUCUGACACCUCCGACCGAUAUGCCAACCCCCACCACUGACAAGAUCACACAGGCUGCCAUGGAGACCAUCUACCUUUGCAAAUUCCGAGUGUCCAUGGAUGGAGAAUGGCUCUGCUUGCGAGAGCUGGACGACAUCUCACUUACACCUGACCCAGAGCCUACACAUGAAGAUCCUAAUUAUCUCAUGGCUAAUGAACGCAUGAACCUGAUGAACAUGGCCAAGCUGAGUAUCAAAGGCUUGAUUGAAUCAGCUCUGAACCUGGGAAGGACUCUGGACUCUGACUAUGCACCCCUCCAGCAAUUUUUCGUGGUGAUGGAGCACUGUCUAAAACAUGGUUUAAAAGCAAAGAAAACUUUCCUUGGACAAAAUAAAUCCUUCUGGGGACCUCUCGAACUUGUGGAAAAACUUGUUCCAGAAGCUGGAGAAAUAACUGCAAGUGUUAAAGAUCUUCCAGGACUUAAUGAAUUCUAUGAGCCCAAUGCUCUCAUGAUGGAGGAGGAAGGAGCCAUAAUUGCUGGUUUGUUGGUGGGUUUGAAUGUCAUCGACGCCAAUUUCUGUAUGAAAGGAGAAGAUCUGGACUCUCAGGUUGGAGUUAUAGAUUUUUCCAUGUAUCUCAAGGAUGGGAACAGCAGUAAAGGUAGUGAAGGGGAUGGUCAGAUUACUGCAAUUCUGGACCAGAAGAACUAUGUAGAAGAACUCAACAGACAUUUGAAUGCUACUGUAAACAACCUUCAGACAAAAGUAGACACAUUAGAAAAAGCAAACACUAAACUGACUGAAGAGCUUGCUGUUGCAAACAACAGAAUCAUUACCCUACAAGAAGAAAUGGAACGUGUUAAAGAAGAAAGCUCAUACAUACUAGAAUCCAAUCGCAAGGGUCCUAAACCAGACAGAACUACAGAAGGACAAGCACUAAGUGAAGCAAGAAAGCACUUAAAGGAGGAGACACAAUUACGGCUGGAUGUUGAAAAAGAACUGGAAAUCCAGAUCAGCAUGAGACAGGAGAUGGAACUUGCUAUGAAGAUGCUGGAGAAAGAUGUCUGUGAGAAGCAAGAUGCCCUGGUGUCUCUGAGGCAGCAACUUGAUGAUCUCAGGGCUCUCAAGCAUGAAUUGGCCUUUAAGCUACAGAGUUCAGACUUAGGAGUAAAACAGAAAAGUGAACUAAACAGUCGUUUGGAAGAGAAGACUAAUCAGAUGGCUGCUACCAUUAAACAACUGGAACAAAGAUUGCGCCAGGCUGAGCGAGGCCGACAGUCUGCUGAGUUGGACAACCGGCUCUUCAAACAGGACUUUGGAGACAAGAUCAACAGCCUACAGCUGGAAGUGGAGGAGCUCACGAGGCAGCGGAACCAGCUUGAGUUGGAACUAAAACAAGAAAAGGAAAGAAGGUUACAAAUCAACAAGAGCAUCUCAGGAAAGGGAUCACAGAAGCCAGAACACAAGACGGAUGGAAAGCACAAAAUUCAAGAGGAAAAUGUUAAGUGCCUGGAAGAAGGCCACAGGCUACACUCACUCCCUACAGAUGAACAGCAGGAUUUGCUAAUGCCCUCUGAAAAGCCACAGAUGUGUCAACUGUGCCAAGAAGAUGGCAGCCUAACAAAGAAUGUGUGUAAGAACUGCAGAGGAACAUUCUGUAAUGCCUGCUCAACAAAUGAAUUGCCUCUUCCUUCCAGUAUCAAGCCUGAAAGAGUUUGCAACCCCUGUCACACACAGCUGAUGAAGCAGUAUUCUACCAGCCCAUCCUAAGUCUGGAGGCCAAGACCUGGACCAAACCGUUCAUGCAGGACUAACCUCUACCUUUGUUACCUAUCAAGACCCUCAAAAGCCCAGUCCUUAGAAUCAAAUGGAGUUCAUAGGAAAUAAACAUAUUAACUUAAAGGAAGUUGAUUUAAGUAAACCAGGUCCAGGGAGAAAAGGCUG